GAGAUGAUAGAGUUCAUGGAUCAUUGCUGGUGCUCAACGAGCUGAUGAGAUGUAGUAAUGCCCAGUGGGAACGCUCCUAUGAAGAUUUGAUGCAGAAGUUGCAAUGCCCAGUUACUACACCACCCUCGGACUCUGUAAGUUUGCUGCCUCGGCUAAAGUCACCACUAAUCUCCACCAAGACACGCCAGAGCACAGCGUCUCACACUAGCAUCAGCUCCAUAGUGCUGGCCAACAACAAGUCCAAUCCUGAACACAUGCUGUUUGAGAGCUCCGUCUGUCGCAGUCUCAUGAUCGAACAUUUUGAUGAUGUCUGUAGUGAGACUUUGGCACAGAGGAUAUCUCGGUCUACCCAUAUCCUUCAAACUUUGCUGGCCAUUCUGCCUAGGCUUGCAGCGUUCAACAAAGAGAAAUUUGUGAAAACACACCUGAAUCCGACGAUGGUGUAUUUGUUGACAACCCUGAGAGGAAGGGAUCGGGACAGAGCCACCGCCUUUACUACCAUUGGUCUAAUAGCAGUGGCAGUGGAGGAUCACAUCAAACCCUACCUUCCUAAAAUAAUGGAGAUAAUCAGAGCUUCACUUCCUACUAAGGACACUCCUAGCAAGAAGCGGACGUCAGGUAUCGAGCCAACUGUGUUUGUGUGUAUCACACUACUGGGACAUGCAGUGAAGACCCUCAUCAAGUCUGAUGUGAAGGACCUGUUGGAACCCAUGUUGGCCACAGGACUCUCUCCUGCCCUCACCACCUCCCUGCGGGAGCUUGCCACAAGCAUCCCCCAGCUCAAGCCUGACAUUUCUGAAGGUUUGCUCCGAAUGCUGUCUCAGGUGCUGAUGAACAAACAUGUGAGGACCUCUCACAUCCCUGGAGUCUCUGCCAGUCUCAGUUCUGAGCCACAGGAGAUUGCAUCCAUUGUUUUAGCUCUCCGUACUCUAGGCAGCUUCAACUUUGAUGGUCACUCGUUGCUGCAGUUUGUACGUCGGUGUGCAGAGCACUUUUUGAACAGUGAGCAACAAGAAGUACGACUAGAAGCGGUGCGGACAUGUUCCCGCCUGCUGCGAUUGGCUGUGGAGAGUUCUAGUAGUCGCCACUCACACACUGUCACGGCUACUGUCAGCGAAGUACUGGGCAAACUUCUAGUCGUCGGCAUUACCGAUACUGAUCCUGAAGUACGUUACUGGGUCAUGGCAUCUUUGGAUGAAAGUUUUGACAACCAUUUGGCGCAAGCUGAAAAUUUGAGUGCACUGUUUGUUGCUAUGAAUGAUGAAGCUUUUGAGAUAAGAGAAAUGGCCUUAUGUACUAUUGGACGGCUAAGUUCAUUGAACCCUGCAUAUGUAAUGCCUUCUCUUCGCAAAACAUUGAUCCAGUUCCUGACAGAGUUGGAACACAGUGGGAUGGGUCGUAACAAGGAACAGAGUGCCCGCAUGUUGGAUCAUCUCGUGGUCAACGCUCCCAGGCUCAUCAGGAACUACAUGGAGCCCAUACUCAAGGUGCUCGUACCCAAGCUGAAGGAGCCAGAACCUAAUCCUGGAGUGGUCAUCAGUGUGCUCACUGCCAUCGGUGAUCUGGCUGAGGUGAAUGGUGUGAAGAUCCAACCCUGGAUGGGAGAGCUGUUGGCAAUCUUGUUGGAGAUGCUGGGAGAUGCCAGCUCCCCGGAGAAGAGAGGAGUGGCUUUGUGGGCUCUCGGACAGUUGGUGGGAGCCACUGGUUUUGUGGUUCGCCCCUACAACCAAUAUCCUGCUCUACUAGAUACUCUCAUUAACUUCUUGAAAAACUGAACAACAACCCAUCAUAAGGCGUGAAACGAUCAGAGUGCUGGGUCUGCUAGGAGCCUUGGACCCAUACAAACACAAGAUGAACCUAGGUCAGAUUGACACUCAGGUUGAUUCCACAGCUCUACUCUCCAUGACAGACCUCAAAUCUGAGGCAGAAGCCAGUCACGAGCUCACCACAAGUGAAAUGCUAGUAAACAUGAGCUCUUGCUCAUUGGAGGAAUAUUAUCCAGCCAUCGCCAUCGCUACUCUGAUGAGAAUCAUCAGAGACCCCACACUCUCUCAACACCACACUAUGGUUGUUCAGG